GGAUAGAUCGGGACACUGCCAUAGCAUAGGCACAGCUCUUCGAAUGUGCCAAGCAGUCUUCUGCAGAAGCAUGCCAUUACUAUAGAGGAGUAGUCCCUGACCCACCCCUGGGGUGCUGAACUCAGACACAGCAUGCGGGAGAGUGGAGUGCCAGGCUCCUCUGCUGGAGUGAAGGAGCUGUCUCCAGGUGCCGUCUGAGUCCUGGCCACAGGCUGAAGAUUGCCACCCUGAGUCAUUUUUCCGCGAUGGCAAGAAAUACAGCUCUUUACUUCAGACUGGUGGAGGGGAAGAACCUGCCUGCGAAGGACGUGUCAGGCACAAGUGAUCCGUACUGCAUUGUGAAGGUGGAUAAUGAAGUUGUGGCACGAACAGCCACUGUAUGGAGGGACUUGAACCCAUUUUGGGGUGAAGAGUUCACCCUGCACCUUCCCCUUGGUUUCCAUACCCUCUCUUUCUAUGUGAUGGAUGAAGACACAAUUGGACAUGACGAUGUAAUUGGCAAGAUAUCACUCAGUAAAGAAUACAUUGCAUUACAACCACGCGGUAUUGACUGCUGGAUUAACCUGAGCCAUGUGAACCCAGAUGAAGAAGUCCAGGGAGAGAUUUACCUUGAGCUGCACAUAAUGCAAGACCAGCACAAGAGCAACCUGCACUGCCAUGUCCUGGAAGCCAGAGAUCUAGCCCCUCGAGACAUCUCUGGAACUUCAGAUCCAUUUGUGCGAAUAUUCUGCAACAAUCAGACUUUGGAGACUUCAGUGAUUAAAAGGACACGUUUUCCCCGCUGGAAUGAAGUAUUAGAAUUCGACCUGCGAGGAAUAGAGGAACUAGAUCCUGGAGAUCAAGUGAUCAGUAUUGAAGUUUGGGACUGGGAUAUGGUUGGAAAGAAUGACUUCCUUGGCCGUGUGUGCUUUCCUUUGGAGCCCCUCCACAGAAACCCUGCGGUGACUGGCUGGUUUCGUCUCCUGCCUUUUGGAAACCCUGAGGAGGAGAAUGGAGGUAAGCUUGGAUCCUUACGUGUCAAAGUUAACCUGUCUGAGGAGCGAAUCCUACCUUCUGUUCAUUAUCAGAACCUCAUCCAGCUCCUUGUGGAGUCAGUUCAAUCCCCUGACCAGGGAGACUCUAGUAUUCUGGAUCUUCUGGAGGAGAUGUGCUCAGCGGAGAGCCGACAAGAAGUGGCUGUGAAGCUGGUGAAAAUUUUUCUAGGCCAGGGGCUGGCAGUAACCUUCCUUGAUAAACUGAAUAUGCGAGAGGUGAAUCGAACUGGUGAUCCAAAUACUCUUUUCCGUUCAAACUCACUUGCUUCCAAAUCAAUGGAGCAGUAUAUGAAGAUAGUGGGAAUGCCAUUCCUUCAUGAAGUACUACGGCCUAUUAUUUGUAGAAUCUUUGAGGAAAAGAAGUAUGUUGAGCUUGACCCCUGCAAGAUUGAUCACAACCGCAGUAGACGUAUCUCCUUCAAGGGCUCAGUUUCUGAGCAGCAAAUACGAGAAAGCAGUGUUGAAUCUCUGAGAGGUUACCUGAGUGACAUUAUUGAUGCCAUCCUGGGCUCAGGUGAACAGUGCCCACCAGGUAUGCGUCUUUGCUUCAAGCAGCUACAUAAGCGGGUCGAGGAACGCUUUCCAGGACCAGCCAACCAGGAUGUGAAGUAUGCGGCCAUCAGUGGUUUCCUUUUCUUACGCUUCUUUGCACCAGCCAUCCUCACUCCUAAACUGUUCCACUUACGGGAACAUCACGCAGAUCCACGCACCGCUCGCACCUUACUCCUGCUCGCUAAGGCCGUACAGAGUAUUGGGAAUCUUGGGCAGCAGCUUGGUCAUGGAAAAGAACAAUGGAUGUCUCCUUUACAUCCACUUAUUCAGCAGAGCGUUGGGCGUUUGCGGGACUACUUGGACAAGCUUAUAGACAUGGAAAGUGAUGUUGAAUGUGGCCAUACAUCGCGUACGCUCUUCCACCCAUCAGUCACUAUUAAGGAAGGAUUCUUGCACAAGCGCAAAGCUGAGGCUGUGAAUCUAGUUACUCGUUUUACAUUCAAGAAAAGAUACUUUUGGCUGAGCAGCCAGACCUUAUCCUACUCCAAAUCACCAGACUGGCAGGUCCGUUCCUCUAUACCGGUACAUCGGAUCUGUGCGGUAGAACGGGUAGAUGAAAAUGCAUUUCAGCAGACCAACAUGAUGCAGAUCAUUACACAAGAUAGUGAAGCACAGGGAGGCCAUAUCAUGUACAUACAAUGCAAGAAUGUAAAUGAGCUGAAUCAGUGGCUCUCUGCACUGCGCAAAGUCAGCUUGUGUAACCAGCGCUUGUUGCCAACCUAUCACCCAGGGGCCUAUCGCAAUGCACACUGGACAUGCUGCCUGCAGAACGAACGGACAGUUUGUGGGUGCAGUCGUACACAUUUGGCUGUAACUCUAGGGGACUGGAGUGACCCUCUGGAUCCGGAUGCAGAGGCCCAGGUCCUAUAUCGACAUCUUCUAUCUGUAAAGGACAUACUCAGGAAUAAGUAUCUGGAGGGAGCAGAACGUGCAGCUGCUGGAAGGCCAGAGUCUAUAGGUCACAAUGACAAAGUGUUCGAAGGUUCCACAUCAUCUUCCCCAGCCAGAAAGCUCCUCUCUGUCUUAGAGGACUUACAGAAAGUACACCAGGCCUUUGAGAGGAAAGAGAGAGACGAGACACCUAAUCACAGUCAAUGUACCUAGAAUACAGUCCAUCACAACCUGUGUCUGUAUUCAAACCCUUUUUAUGGCUCUUCACACUUGGCCAAGUUUUCUCAGAUUUUUGUACUUUUUCUUUUUUUUUUGACAUUCCCGAUAACAAAAAUAAUAAAAAUAAAACCAUAUGAUGCA